CACUGGCCCCCCAGCACAGGGCUGCCCCCCACAACCCACCCAGCAUCCAGCCCCCACUGGCCCCGCAGCACAGGGUCACCCUCUCCAGUCCCCAACCCCCAGCUGCCCCCCACAACUUUGCCAUCCCCUGCCACCCCUCAACCCCCCAGGCAGGAGGCUGGGCAGCACCCCAGGAAGAUGGGGCCCCGGCGGCGGCUGGGUGCAAAGGGCCCCGCUCGGCAGCUGCCCCCUGGCACGGUGCGGCUGGUGCACAGGGGCGCAGGGCCCGGGCGGGGCCGGCUGGAGAUCCUGGUGGGGGGCCAGUGGGGCACGGUCUGCGACGAUUUCUUCGACGGGCGGGCGGCCGCUGUGGUGUGCCGACAGCUGGGCUACGGGCAGGCGCAGAGGGUGGCCCGCCGGGCGGAGUUCGGGCAAGGGGCCGCGCUGCCCAUCCUGCUGGACGACGUGCGGUGCCAGGGCUCGGAGCGCAGCCUGCUGGAGUGCCAGAGCGCCCCCCCCGGGCAGCACAACUGUGCCCACAGCGAGGACGUGGGGGUGGUGUGCAGGCACCGGGAGGGCCAGGGGCUGCCCAGGGGGAGCCGAGGGGGCCAAGCCCUGUAACUUCUGCCUCCUCCUUGCCCUCUGGUGGGGGGAGGGGGGAGACAUGGACGGCCGGGGUUGGGGGCUGGGCUGGGUCCUGCCACCCCCAUCCAGCCCAGCCCCCUACUCCCCCCACAGCUUCAGGGACUUGGGAGCCA